AUGGCUUCCAAGUUUGAUGGCGCGGAUUGUUCCUGGCCUUCGGACGAGGAGCUUCAGCAGGUACAGGAGAUCAGAAAGAUCUGCGCAGCUGAGAUCGCUGCCAUGCCUGAGCAGCCAAGGGAUGUUGUGGGUGACAUCCGGGUGUGCCGGUACCUGCGCUUCUAUGGCGGCAAGGUCAACGAGGCCGCCAAGGGGCUGUCCGAGUUCCUGAAAUGGUGGGUGCAGGAGGACAUCCCCGCUCUGCGCAAGGGAAUCAUCGACUUGGAGCCGGAUGACUUCCAUGCUUGGCUGGACAGUGUGAGGUCACCAUAUUCUCCAGUCAUGGUGCCGGGCUUCGCGGAGACCGAGGAAGGCCACACGGUCAUCUUCGUAUCUCCGGGGUACUUCAAGGCACAGGAGUUUGUGAGCCAACGGCCGGCAUGCCACACGAUGGAUAAUGAUCUGAUGUUGGUGCGGGCCGGCAUGGAGUGGAUGAUGAAGCGAGUGGAUGACAGAUCCUACGAGAAGAAGAAAGUGCUGUAUUCCAUCAAGGUGAUUGAUGCGACGCAUUUGGGAAGGGAGACGCUUCCAAUUCGCGUGUAUGAAAUCCGUAAGUUCGCCCAAGACAAUGGCAAGCAGUUGAUGAGCAUGUAUUGUGAUCAUGAUAUUCUCCUGCUGGUGGUGAACGCGCCUUGGAUCAUCCGCUUUGUUGUCAUGUUCGCAACGACCCUCAUGACGAAGAGGCAAUCUUCGCGAAUCAAGGUUCUUGGCAGCGCGUCUGAGGUGGAUGUACAGGCACAGCUGGGCAUGGUAGGGCCGAAGAGCAUGUUCCCGCCAUCCCUUGGAGGCACCCGGAAGCCGGAGGAAAUCCCUUUUUACCUCCCGCUGGCCCAAGAGAACCAGUCCAGGAUUACGGAGUGGAUGGCUCGAAAGGAGGCAGGUAUCACCAGAAAGGGUGCUACGAAACCGCCCUCGCCUAGCGCCAAGCCUGAGAAGACGACCAAGGAGGUUGCAGCUGCAGAAGCUACGACGCCCAUUGCCAAUGUGGAGCAGGAGGAGGAAGCCGCGACAAAGGUCUCGGCUGAGGUCGCAUCUCAGGCGGCAGUGGUCAAGCAAGAGAAGGAGGAGGAGAAGCCCGUGCUCUUGGAGGAGGCCCCGGCACCCAGCGGAGGCUGGCUAUGCUGCGCGGCGCCAUAG